AUGUUUUCUAUAGCGAAAAAUAACAACCACUUUUAUCGACCCAACACUAAACAUUUCCAUAGAAAUAAUAAUAAUAAAAAUAAAAAGCAGAAAUUUGCUAAUAAGAAACAACCAGGAAAUAAAAUAGAGAAAAAUAACAUCCAACCUAUCAAUACCAAAGUCAAGGCACCCCUUUUCGAUAAAUCAAAGCUGACGGCCAGUUGGAAACUGAGUCGACGAUUUGGGCCUGGUCUUAUUAAUAGCCAUAAUACCUGUUUCCUUAAUUCACUAUUACAGUGUAUCACUUAUACACCCCCACUAGCACAGUACUUGUUACAAGGCGAGCAUCGCAAGACUUGUCAAGUGAAGGGCUUUUGUGCUCUUUGUGCUAUGGAAAUUCAUACUAGACGAUGUCUUACAGAACCCAAAAGUUUCUCUAAGGGAGCUGCUAUCCUUCCCAAUUAUUUUACGGCUAACCUUAGAGGACUUUCGAAAAGUCUUCGAUUAGGUCGACAAGAGGAUGUCCAUGAACUAUAUAUGUUUCUUUUAGAUGCAUUUCAGAAAUCUGUAGUCUAUGGUUUAGGAAAAUUACCUCCUCAAGUUGAAGAAACUUCACUGAUUUAUCAAAUUUUCGGAGGCAAACUACGAUCUCAAUUGAAAUGUUAUAAUUGUAAAGCUACAUCAAAUAAUUUUGAAACUUGUCUCGAUCUCAGUCUUGAGUGUCCUCCACGAGGUGAUAGUCGACUUUUAAAGGCCCUUGAACUUUAUACCAAAGUUGAUGUGAUUGGGGAUGAUCCCAAUAACCGAUAUAACUGUGACAAAUGUAAACAAAAAGUGAAAGCAGGUAAACAAAUGACCAUCUCUGAGUUACCCAUGAUGCUUGCCAUCCAUUUAAAGUUAUUUGCAUUUGAUUUUGAGCGUGGUUAUAUGACCAAGUUGGGAUCACGCGUCAAGUUUCCCGAAGUACUUGAUAUGGCACCUUAUGUAAGUAAAGAUAAGGGCAUUCAAAGGGCUACGUAUCGUUUGUAUGGUGUUAUUUCCCAUUUGGGGUAUGGAUGUAAUUCUGGACAUUAUCGGGCGCAUGCAAGAGCUCCCAAUGGUCAAUGGAAUUACUUGGAUGAUGAGAUUGUGCGUGAAUGUGAUCUGGAGCAAGUGCUUUCUCAAGCACCUUAUAUGUUGUUUUACCAACAGGAAAAGAUUGUCCCUCCAUCCGUAACAGAUACAACUCAUCAGAAUGAUACCACUACCACUACUACUAUUGCUGCAGCUAAUGUUAUUAAUGAACAAAUAUCUAUAAAGAAGUCGUUAAUAGCAGCAGAAUCUACAAAAGAGGAGAAAAAGAGAAAGAGGGUUCAGUUCGUGGAAGAUCAAGUCAUUUCAGAUAACCCACGAGCUUGGUAUGUUCGAUCUUCUGAACAACCUAGACGAUCGUUGCGUGGUAACUUAUCACCACCUACAUUUGGUGCACAUAUUAGUCAUGAUAUGACCUGGGAAAUCUUGGAUGCUAAUGAAUUUUAUGAUCGACGAAAAAAGGCUAAAAAGCAACAAUAA